AUCCCCAUGGAUAGAAACGUAGGAAGGUUUCAUGAUAAAAAUUUGUAGAAAAUUUACAAUUUUUAUUACCUGUAUAAUUUUUGUAUUUAAUUUAGUUUAUCCCUUUAGAAUCCCAAGAAAAAAUAAUCUCUUGACCCUAAACACCUUAUCUUCACUAAACGCAGUCAUGCCACUACCGAAUCAUACGGAAUAUAAGAGGGAAUUUCCCCUGGAGGAUGAAGUUCCCCUAAAGGAGUUUGAUCCUGAGGUUUACGAGUUACUGGAACGAGAACGAGAUAGGCAGCGAUAUUCAAUUAAUCUGAUCGCUUCCGAGAAUUACGCCAGUAGAGCUUGUAUGGAGGCGCUGGGAUCCAUUUUCACUAAUAAAUACAGUGAAGGUUUGCCGGGGAAAAGGUACUACGGGGGCUGUAGAUUCGUUGACGAUAUUGAAAACUUAUGUAUUAAAAGGUGCUUGGAGGUUUUCGGGUUAUCGGACGAGGAAUGGGGAGUAAAUGUACAACCUCUUUCAGGCUCUCCUGCUAAUUUAGCUGUUUACUGUGCACUACUCCAGCCUCAUGAUAAACUCAUGGGACUCUCACUGGAGUCCGGCGGUCACCUCACCCACGGGUACUACAACGCCAAGAAGAAGGUCUCAGCCUCCUCCAUAUUCUUCAGCCCACUGUCUUACUUUCUUGAUCCUAAAACUGGACUUAUUGAUUAUGACGGUCUCGAAAAAUCCGCCCAAGCAUUCUGCCCUAAACUCAUCAUUGCAGGAGCUUCCACUUACUCUAGAUACAUUGACUAUAAGAGAUUUCGGGAAAUCGCCGAUAGCGUUGGAGCAUAUUUAAUGGCUGACAUAGCUCACAUUUCCGGUUUGGUUGCUGGAAGGGUUCAUCCUUUACCCUUCGAGUACUGCCACGUAGUUACCUCCACAACUCACAAGUCGCUCAAGGGGCCAAGAUCCGGUAUCAUCUUCUUCAAUAAGAAGUUAUUGCCUGAUUUUGGAGAGUGCAUUAAUCAGUCAGUUUUCCCAACUCUACAAGGUGGACCUCAUAAUAAUAAUAUUGCAGCUCUUGCAGUACAACUUAAACAGUUAUCUAAACCGGAAUGGAAAACGUAUGCACAAAGAAUAGUUGAUAAUGCAAGAGUGUUGGCGGCAGAGUUGGAGAAGAGAGAUAUGCCAGUUGUGACAGGGGGGACUGAUAAUCAUACAGUAAUUGUGAGUUUAAGGCCAUUUGGAGUUACUGGGAGUAAAGCUGAGCUGGUGUGUGACCUGGUUAACAUAUCGAUCAGCAAGAGUACAAUUCCCGGGGAUAAAUCAGCAUUUAACCCCUCUGGAAUCAGACUCGGAACUCCAUCACUAACAUCAAGAGGAGCCUUCCCUCAGGAUAUGGUCUUUGUCGCUGAUGUUAUCAGAAAAGUUGUUGACAUCUGCGUUAAAGUUCAAGAGGAGAAAGGGAAGAAAUUGGUUGAUUUUAAAGUCGGAUUGGAUGUAAAUGAGGAUAUCAUAAAGUUGAAAAAUGAAGUUGUAGAAUGGAUUAGCAAGUUUCCAUAUAUAGAUUAAUUCUAUUUUCUUGUAAAA